AUGCUGUUUUACAAUAAAAAAUUUCUAAUAUUACCCAAUGCUGAGUCAUCUCAUAUGCAGUUUAUUAUUAAACUGAUAAAGAAAAAUGGAGGUGCUAUUGUCAAGUGGGCCCCUGAUGUAAUGAAAGUAAUUGAUCGGAGUUCAAUUGUUUUGAUUAAUGAUUCGUACGUAGACUCUAAUAAUAAAUUGAAACAGUAUGACAUUUUUAAGAGAGAGUUAAGACCUUGGCUAGUUACAGAUUGGGAAAAGGUAGUAGAUUACAGGCUAAACUGUGUUAAUAUUAAAAAGAUACAUACUUGGUUGGAUAAUGGAAACUUUAAAAUAACGUCUAACGAUUUAAUUGAAACUAUUUCAGUAGAAAAUUCAGGCAAAAGAGUUUUGGACUCUCAAAACGAAUUAGAGUUAAGUUCAAAUAAGAGGUUAAAGCAAAAUGAGAUGAUAAUUGAUAACAAUGAUAACCCAAUUGAAAACAAGAGUAAUUCAGGAGAAUCUACAAAUCCGAAAAGAACUGAAAUUAAAUCAGUGACGUCUGAUACUAAUGAUAUUAGAGAUAACAAAUUUUUAGCUGAUGCACUCCAAAUACUAUCGAAGAGAUGUGGUUUAAAAGGAGAAAAAUUUCGUGCAAGGAGUUAUCAACUGGCAGCUGACUCGAUUUUAAAAGCACAGUUCGCUAUUAAAUCAGGACACCAAGCUCAAAAAAACAUGAUGCAUAUAGGUCCUUCAAUUUCUCGAAAAAUUGAUAUUCUUUUAAAGGAAGGUACCUUACCAGGGUUAUCAGUAAAAUCAGAAAAAGACGACAAUAUCGCCUAUUUCAUGGGAUGCCAUAACAUUGGAAUAGGGCUUGCUAAAAAAUGGGAACUGCUCAAAAUUAAAACAUUCAAAGAAGCAUUAGAAAAGCAACCUACUGAUUUUCAAACUACAUGGCCAACUCUAUUCGGGAUAAGUUACUAUGAGGAUUGGUCAAGACCCAUAAUGAGAGAAGAAUGUGAAGAACAUUUAAAGACUGUUCAAGAUGAGUUAAGAUUGAUAGACAAGGAUUGCAAGGUUGAACUUCAAGGUAGUUAUAGAAGAGGAGCUAAAACCUGCGGCGACAUAGAUUUAUUAUUUUACAAAGAAGGUUGUGAUGACAUUGCUCAAUUAGGAAAAGUUAUUGAGGAUUUGGCAAUAUCUCUAUAUGAAAGGAACUACGUCCAAUGUUUCCUACUGUCUUCCUCAAAAAUUGCUAAUAUUUUUGAUGACAAGAUUAAUGAAAGGUAUAAAGUGGCAGGCAUCGAAAGAAAGUACCGUAAAUCCAAUGAAACCAUUAAAAAGUUAUUUCUUGGCGUUAAGCUUCCAAACAGAAACACUGACUCAUUAAAAUUAGAUCCGAAAAUGAAACUUAAAGAUGAUGAUUUAUUUUUGUCAUUGAAUAGCAAAGCUGGUGAAUCGGUGUGUCGAAGAAUGGAUUUUUUCCUCUCCAGAUGGUCAGAACUGGGAGCAUGCAGAAUACAAUACACAGGAUCAACAGAUUAUAAUAGGAAAAUGAAAAUAAUUGCAAUGAAUAAAUCAAUGAAGAUUUCUCCGCAUGGGCUCUUUAAGGAUGAUGUUUUGCUUGAAAGCUUUGAUGAGAGAAAAAUCUUUGACAUUCUUAACAUUAAAUACGUGGAACCAGAACAGCGAGUAAACACUGUUACUUUAUUACCUGACAAAAUAAAAUAA